AUGGAGGGGAGAGGAGGCGGGGAGGAGAGGUGUGGAGUGAAGCCGAGGCAUGGAAGGGAAUGUGGAGGUGUAGUGGAGCGGGAGCAUGGCAAAGAAAGGAGACAUGUGGCCCCUCCUAUGUCAGAUAGUGCGGACUCAGAUGUGCAGCAGAACAAGCGAACCAAGAGACAGAAAUCAAGGGGACCCAUAUAUACCAAAGAGGAGAAUGCUGCAUUGGUUGCUGCAGUAUCAAAAGAAAAAGUGACACUCUUCUGCCAAUCCGUGCCAGCAUCUGAGAAGUCAGCAGCCUGGGAACGAGUCCGGGACUCCGUGAAUGCGGUCUCCAAGUUUCACAGGCCCACCAAUGGCGUCAGACACAGGUUCUAUGAUUGUCGGGCAACGGUUACAAAGAAGAUGCAGAGGCUUCGACUAGGACAAAACAGAGGAAAGCCUAUCAAGUUGCGAGAGUGGGAGGCGGAGCUAAGAGAUGUCCUUCUGGCAGAGGAUGUCCCUGGAUUCAGCAGCAGGGGUCAAAAUCACAGAGCUGGUGAUCAAGAAACAUCAUCCUUGGAAGGAUCAGCUCCAACUCCAAGUACAUCCUAUCAACAACAUUCUGGUGAAAGCUGCAUUCAAGACCCUCCAGCAUCGGCUUCUGGCAGGACCAUUGCUCCUCCUCAGGAUCAGCAAUACCACCCUGAGAGGAGAGUACAGUGCAGCCCGCACUCUCCUGUUCUUCUUUUGGAGAGGCUGGAGAUUCAGCCAGAGAUUACCCCUAUCAUUCCCCAGACUCCUGAUUUCUCCCCCGGCCCAGAGGAGGAGCACAGAGGACAAGGUUCAUUCAUUCAGCCACCCCAUGCCCUGAUGCCACCUACUGCUGUACCGCCUUUCCCAACUGUGCAGGAGAUCAUUCUGAGGGAGCUUAUAGAAUUAAGGUGUGACAACCGAAAACUACAACGAAAGGUCAAAAGGCUUACCCGGCUUACCCAUCAGUUGAGCAGGCAGCAAACUGAGAGUUUUGAAAUAAUUUUGGCCCGGGCAAGCCAACAACACAAUUAGGCAUUGGACCGAGUAUAUUUUGUUUACUUGAAGAUAUUUCCAGACACAUUGCUCCAAUGCCUGGGAGCUACGAUGAACAUAUAACCAACAAAGACGUUUUGAAAAAUGAAGGCUAGACCUUCCUCUGA